CACACACGCACACGCACGCACAUCUUUUCCACAGUGAGCAUAUGAUCACGACAUUUUGCUUUGAAAUCGAACCUGAAACUGUGGGAAUAAUUUGGAAACUUGGAGGUCUUUCCAGCAGCUCUUCAUCCUGAGAGGCAAAUGUCCAGUCCACUAGAGAGGGUUGUAGCCCAGAAGAAGGAGGCCAUUGAAGCAGUAAUGGAGAUGUUUGAGAGAGGAGCCGAGGUGCUGGCCAGCGCUGUUGGAGAGAUGUCGCCGCUUUUCGAGGCUGCAGCUCCAGUACUCAAGCUCGUCCUCAACAAUGUGGAAAGCAAGGAGGUCAUAUAUGUCAAAGAUCAAUUUCUAGUUGUGAGAAGCAAAUUGGAUGUCCUCUCAUCUCAGCUACAAGACAUUGACUCCGAGAUUAGGAGGAGACGUUUGGAUACCCAGUUCUUCUCAGUGGAGGAAAAUUUGCGGAACCAGUUUAGAAAAUACAUUGACAUUCUGGAGGCCAAACCUGAGUAUAAGGAGGUCAAAAAACGCUUGUUCUUGGAGCAUUUUUUUAUAACAGGUGGAGAGAAAAACCUCUGCGUGCUUUAUGAUGCUGUGUUGGGAAACAGCACAUUUGGGGAGCCAAUCCUGGAUGUUGUGGAACAAUACGAGGCCAGAAACAGACGGGUCCUGGAAGACUUCUGCGUCAGACUGAAGGAGCUGCUCUGUCUGGGAAUAAUCGCUCUGCUGGGAUAUUGUUUCCUCACUCUGGGAGAAGAAGCUGAGCAGGCGAAGAUUCAAGAGUGGAGCACGAAGAUCCAAGAAAUUGAGAUGAAAAUGAAGGAAACGAUAGAGAAAUGUGUGCAGUCAUUUCCAGAGCAAGCUGAACUGGACAUCAAGAGGCUUGUGAAGGAGAGAGAAGAUGGGAACCUCCAGGAAAUGGCCAAGGAACUGCUGGACUUCCUGGUGAAGAAAUACGACUGGGUGAGCUGGUCCAUCAGAGUCGUUAGUAACUUGGGCAAAAUUAGAAACUUGAGAGCUGGACAAAACUUUCAGUGUGUGGCCGGACAGAGUUAUUUUGAAGUGUCUCAAGGAAAUGACAUAAACCUGGUGGUCUCGUUCUGCAGCGCCCCUCAGCCUGUGCCCAAUGAGAGCAUAAAACAGAUGAUGGAAGGUCCUGCGAGGAAGGGAGAUGCCAAAGCUGUCGUAGAGCUUCUGGAGCAGCAGUUAGCAGGGUUUCUGGUUCAUGCCAUCAGUCGUCACAAGGAGAGCUUUGCUGUGUCCAGUUUUCCUGAAGAAUGUCACUACUGGGACAAACACAAGAACGUAAAUGUCUGUGUACAUGCAGAGAAGAUUUAGACAUAAACAUAUAUAUAUAUACACAUUUUAAAUGCAAGAUAUACUUCAACUGUAUUCCUGAUCUACUGUAUCUGAUAAACUGCCAUAUUUUCAAACAAAAUAGGCUGGCUAUGUGAGCUUUAUACUUGGCAUGUUUGCACAUCAUAAUGUCAUAAUAUAACUAAAUGUCUAUCUAAAAAAAAAACCCUUUAAAUGCAAUAGGCAGAGAACAUGUUAAAUGUUGUGAUGUUAUGUAAACCAAUGCUUUGUAGUAAUAAAAACUGAAGCAAUGAGACUGGA